CUGUCACUUGCUCCUUCUGGAUCUAAAUGUGGAGAAUUACACUUGCCUGCCGACUUCCGAGGACAUCAAUCGUCGUGAAUUCUGGACGAACUCCCGUUCAUCUGACACUUCUCUGACCACUUUGACUUCAAGUUUCCCGUUGUAGUCUGCUAUUUGAUUACAUAGUAGCCCUCCUUUCUUUCUACAUUCAAGAAUAAAAACGUCCUGGUCCAAUCAUGGCUCCCUCAGCCAGCACCGCCAAGUCCAGGCUCAGGAAAUCGACUGGCACCGCACUUGACGAUUCGGGUUCCGAUGACGACUACCAAGCAUACAACCUGCGACUCCAGGAAGCCAGCGCUGCUAGAGCACGUCUCAAGAAGGCAAGAGAAGAGCGAGAUAAGAAGCGCAAGGCCCUGCUAUCAGCCUACCAAAGCGCACUUUCCUCCAUCCAAGACCGCGUGAAGAAGUCGGUUUCCAAGUAUCAUGACCUCCACUCAGCCAUGCACACAAGCCGUCUCCUUCGACUCAAGAAAGCAGUAGAAGCCCGCGACCAAAAGCUCACAGCCAUCGCCAAGAAGCUGGCCGAUGUGCAGCGCAUCAUGAGCAACCAUAGUGUUCAGCUCUGCGCCUUAUACGAGGGUCGUCGCAAGGACUUGGCUGCCAUGUUGCCCCAGCCUAAGCCUAAGAAGCCUGAGGAGGACGGUGCCGCGUCGCCUAAGGUGGACAAGUCGUUGGGCCAGCAGCUGCUGCCUGGGGGUGCGCAGGGAUCCAUGGUCUCAAAGGAAGCUUCGUCAAGGCCGGCUGCUGCUGUGGUGAAGGUUGGUAUCAGGGAGGAAUGGGAGGCUGCUAAUGCUUUGUGCUGAACUCGUUGAUGGUGAUGUGAUUUCGUUGUGGUCGCAUUUGACGGGUUUAGUGUUUGACCAUGUGUGUUCUCGGACGGUGAUCUCGUAGGCUCUGGAUUGGGAGGAUGGAAAUGGUAGAACGGGCUGCCGACCGUGAAAGUCAGUGAGACUAAGGUGUUUCGUACAC